GCGCUUCGAAGUUUCAGUACGAAUUGUCGUGUCAAGCGCACAGGACAGGAAGCGCCCCCUCAUAACUACUAUAUAUAUAUAUAUAUAUAUAUAUAUAUAUCUACCGAUCGAUCGAUCGAUCGUCGUAGCCCGGAUCGGCAGCUCCAACACUAUAUAGAUAUAUAUCUAAACUAAUAUCUAAACUGUAUCCUAUGCCGGACGAUCGCAUGUGGACAUCCAAUUAAAUGUAAUGCCAAGAGACAGAAGCAACAAUAACAAAUAAUUCAAAAUAAUAUCAAAAAUUAAAGAAAAUAAUACACAAAAUAAUGACAAAAAUAAUGAAAAAUAAUGAAAAUUAAAAGAGACUACAAAAGGGCUGUGCGUUAUAGCUUCAAAAAAUAAUAAUAAAAAUAAAAAUUAUGAAUAGAAUAAAAUAUAAAUAUAUUUGUUGGAAAGGUGAUAGUUCGAAAAAAGAAACAAGAAAAUAUAAAUACAAUUUUAUUUUUUAAUUUUUUCUUUGUUAAAGUUUUAAAUCUUAAAUGAAGACUGUGCUUUGGAAUAAACUGGAAAAUUGGCAAGACAAGGUCAAAGAGAAGGAGAGGAACGACGAAGACAGAAAACAAAACAAAGAGUGCCAAGAAACAAAGAGAGAGAGAGAAGAAGCAUGACGGCCAACGAAGCCAUCUCGGAGGAGACCAUGCUGAGGAAGCAGAGCAUUACUCCCCCAGAGACCUCCACUCCCUCCCCCUCACCCUCACCAUCCACACCCACUCCCACGACCAUCUCCGCCUCCGACUCGGAGCUGAGCGAGAUCUUCUUCGUGGAGAACAGCCGGCGGAAGCAGAGCAUCAAGAUCCAGGUGAAGCUCUGCCCGGAGGGGGUCUACCUGCGGCGGGAGACCGACGAGGACGACCACAUCAACGAGCAGCUCAUCCGGAUCGACGACAUCAUCGGCUCCAGGUACGGUCCCCGCUUGAAGAAGAGGGCCCGGGGUGGCCUCAACUCCUGCAAGAAUCCCAAUGGACCGGGACAGGAGGCAGCUCCGGAGCCGGACAGUGACAACAGUGCCUACCUGUACAUCUAUGCGUAUCUGAAGAAGGAGAAGCCACUGCGGCGGGUGCAGACACUGAGGAUUCUCCGCUUCCGCUCCAGCAACGACUACGGCGUGAACCUGAAGACGGCGGAGACCUGGCAUCGCACCAUCCGGCAGCACAAGCGCUCCAACGGCAGCAGUUCCCCGGCCGACACCGGGAAACAGCUCCUCAUCCUCCUGAAUCCCAAGUCCGGGUCGGGCAAGGGACGGGAGCUGUUCCAGAAGCAGGUGGCUCCCCUCCUCACCGAGGCCGAGGCGCAGUAUGACCUCCAGAUCACCACCCAUCCGCAGUAUGCGAAGGAGUUUGUGCGGACGCGGAAGGAUCUCCUCGAGCGCUACUCCGGCAUAGUGGUGGCCUCGGGGGAUGGUCUCUUCUACGAGGUGCUCAACGGGCUGAUGGAGCGCAUGGACUGGCGGCGGGCGUGUCGGGAGCUGCCCCUCGGCAUCAUACCCUGCGGCUCGGGGAAUGGCCUGGCCAGGAGUGUGGCCCAUCACUGCAACGAACCGUACGAACCGAAGCCCAUCCUGAACGCCACUCUGACGUGCAUCGCCGGGAAGAGCACGCCCAUGGACGUGGUGAGGAUCGAACUGGCCCCGGGUGGGGACAAGCACUACGUCAUGUACUCCUUCCUCUCGGUGGGAUGGGGUCUGAUCGCCGACAUUGACAUCGAGAGCGAGCGGCUCCGGUCCAUUGGAGCCCAAAGGUUCACUUUGUGGGCCAUCAAGCGGCUGAUCACCCUGCGGACGUACAAGGGCAAGGUCUACUACCUAAGGGCCACCGCCACACCACCGAAGAAGUCGGAGCCGGUGGUGGAGAUGGCCAGGGAGGCGGAGGAGAACCCCCAAGCCAACCGAUCAUCCCUUCCCGAGUUCCAGGACCUGCCCGAGGAGGAUGAGUUGGAUGCCGAUCACUUUGCUGAUGCCAUAUCCCUGGACAGAUCCGUCUACCGGCAGCACGCCGACAGCUGGCACUCGGCCAUGUCCCGGCGCACCGCCUACUACUCCCUGGGCGGUCCCAGUCUCCGGUCCAAUCGCAGCCGGAUGAGCAUCACCCAGCGGAUCGAGGCUGCCAAUGCGGAGUUCGCCGAAACGAUUCCCUCCGGCACCAUACCCGGCCUCCAGGUGCCACUCUCCCCCGGCGACGGGUGGGUCUGCGAGGAGGGCGACUUCGUGAUGGUCCAUGCCGCCUACACCACCCACCUGUCGUCGGACGUGUUCUUCGCCCCGGCCUCCCGCCUGGACGACGGCCUCAUCUACCUGGUGAUCAUCCGGAGCGGCGUCAGUCGCCACCAACUGGCCAACUUCAUGCUCAGCCUCAACACCGGCACCCACCUGCCGGUUGGAGAGGAUCCCUUCGUCAAGGUGGUGGCCUGCCGGGCCUUCAGGAUCGAACCGACUGGCUCCGAUGGCAUUCUGGUGGUGGACGGGGAGAAGGUGGACUAUGGACCCAUUCAGGCGGAGGUGAUGCCGGGUCUGAUCAAUGUGAUGACCACCAGUGGGCAGUAGUGGCUGGAAUAGUGGUUCUAGGGGGACUAUUUUAAUCCAAAAAUACAUUCAAUGAAUGUAGAAUUCUUCCAGAAGACUCUUCUAGAAGAUUCUUCAAAAAAAAAAAAUAAAAAUAAAAUAGUUAGGAAAAUAAAAAAAAAAUUACAAUUCUUGUGACCGAAAAAGGUUCUUAAGUUUGGAACCCAGCCCAUGUAGAUCUCUGGUUGGAGGCAUCCUAGACAGAUGAAAUUUAUCCCACUUAUGUAGUAUACACUGUACUUGUAGGUGAUUAAGUAAUAACCCAAAUCUUGCCCCGUUCCAUUCACAAAAAAUGCACUCAAAUGGCAGGCAACCAUUCCACCAUACUUUUUUUUUUUUCCAUCCACAUAUAACACAUAAUCUAUAUAUAAUCUUUAUAUUAUAUAUUUUUUUUUUUAACCCCAAUCGGCUGAUAGUGUGUCCGAUAUUGUUAAUUAUUUUAAGACCCAAACACGUUAGACAAAUAAAAUAAAGACCAAUAUCAUAUCAUGUA